CAUAUUUCAAUCACACUGAUGGUAGCCGUCUGCUCACAACUGAUCAAAGUAAACAGAUACGUGUAUACAGGGCACCAUUCUGGCACCUGGAGACGACCAUUGAACAUCCACAUAGGUUCUUCCAGCAUAUCAGUCCUUUUAAGGCAACCUGGCAUCCCCUGCAGGACUUGAUAGUAUGUGGACGAUAUCCAGAUAAAAAUGUUGAAGGUAGCACAGGUUUUGAGUUACGAACUUUAGACAUCUUUGACGCAGACACGGGUAAAAUUGUAUCACAACUUUACAGCCAAGGAACCGAUGGUUUGUGUCCAAUAAACAAGUUCAACACCCAAGGGGAUGCUUUAGCUUCUGGGAUGGGGUUUCAUAUUCUUUUGUGGAACAGAAAACAGGAGAUUUCUAGGAAACAAUCAUUACUUACUGAAGGAAUGAUAAACAGUGCUAGUUAUUCAGGUUCACAGAACUUGGCCUCAGGACCAGCAAGGUCAAAUCAAAGGUCAAGGCCACCUCCACGGCAACAGAAAAAGAAAAAAACAGAAGAGGAUUUAGACGAGUUGAAAAAGAAAAUCAAGACUAAAACAAAAGAGGAAAAUAAAAAAGACAAAAGAAAAUAAAUAAGUGAGGUUAUGUGAUGUGAUAUGAAAUGAAAGAUUUAUGGCAAAAAGGAAGUAGAUUUCAGUUUGGGUGUGUCUAGAGACUAUACUGUUCAGUUUUGCUGGACUAUUUUCAGGCUGACACACUCUUGUUUUGUUAAGAGUAUAGAUCUGUUACAAUACUUGUGAUGUUAAGGCAGCCAAUUUUGUAUCAUCAAGUUGAUUGUCAUAUAUCUUCACUUGGCACAUUACAUAAAUACAUUAGGUUAACAGUAAAAAUAAACAUUAUAGUUGUCAGGUAGGUUGUUUAUCAGUAUAGAUUAUGCUACCUUUUAGACAUGCUGUAUACAUACAAAGUGCUGCUUCUUUUAAUUCUGUCAUUAUCUGUAAAGUCUUGUAAAUACGGGUAAAAGAUUUCCUGGAGUAAAGAGUUUUUUAGAAACAACCUUAUUCCUGUUGAAAACAAUAAACAAAUCACAUAAUACAGAAUAUUUAGAACCUUUUUUACAUCAUGCAUAAAUUCUCUUGUAUGAUUUUAUUAAAAGAACUAUUUACACUAUCCUCUAGAACUACUUUAGGUGGGUUAUUAUACUAUGGUGCCAUUCAUUUCAUGCUUUCAACAAGGCAAGGAAGGGACACUUGAGGUCAGUUUCUCCACCAGUAAAGCUGGAAGGUUGUUGUAUGACAUUUACAGUGUCUGUCUAACUUAAAACCAAACAGACAAAAAUCUGCUGUAGGUCAAAUGUUGUUUGUUUAAUGAAAAUCUUAAAACAUGAGUAAAAUAGUCAAUUUAAAAACAAGCUAGUUAGGCACAUAUUCAGUGUUAAAUGUAGUGCUUUUGAUCUUACAAAAUGAUAUACAUGUGUAUAUUAUUAUUGUUAUCGGUGCAUAUUGUUGAGAUUUUUUGGUUUGAUAGUAUUUCUGACAACAUCCUGUCACUAGUUUCAGCUGGUCUUUUAAAUGGACAUUGAGUUUAACUGUUGUUAUUUAUCUCUCACUGCUGGUGCAGAAAUCAUGUUACAUUAGUAGUUGGUCAAUUGCAAAAAACUUGUAUAUAUUGUUCAGUUAUCCAAGGACACUAAUCAGAUUUUCAAUGUUAUGAAAUUUUACCAUACAGAAUUUUUUUCAAAUCUUUAUUAUGUGUUAUUACACAGUGUAUAUACUUUAAUAACUUGCAAGUGAUUGUGAUGAACAUUUCAACUUUAAAGAUAUGUCAGUUAUUUUAUGAUGGUGCUAAGUUGUUGUGGAGUUCAAUAUGAAAAACAGUAAGUGAGAAAGUGCUUUGUUCAUAAUAUGUUCAUGCAUAUGAGCCAUUCAUUUUAUGUCAUCAUGUGGUCAAGAACUUACAUUCUUUAUGUGUUCAUGCAAAUUUUUACUUAUUAUGUGUUCUUUUUAUAACAUUUUGUAUGUGUUCAUGUAUUCCUAUUUUAUGUGUUCAUGCAAUCGUGUAAUUAUGAGUUAAUGUGUUCAUAAUCUGUGUUUUAGUAAUCGUAUCAUGUCUAUGGAUGUAUAUGUGUAUAUGUCCAUGCAUUUAUAUUCAUUACACAUUACUGUGCUUUCUUUGUUCUUGUCAUACAUUGAACGAUUUUUAUGCACCUUAGAAAUAGUCAUUGGACUAUUUGUCCAUCUGAGUAAGUAGCUUAGCAUCAGGGAACUUGUAUUUGUUACAAACAAUACAAUGCAAUUCAAUGUUUAUUUGACUUUAAAAUUAAAAAAAAAAAGUUGCCUCAACUAGGAUUUGAACUCUAGACCUCUCGAUUCAUAAGCGAGCGUGCAAAACUCUCGGCCACGGUGAAGGUUUACGUUAAUGGCAUGAAGAAAACCAUAUUAUUCUAAAUUAGGGUUUGUAACAUGCUAAACCUGUUGUUUAACACAGAUGUAAAUAAUCAUGGAGCUUACUGUAAGCAUGUAUAUCUAUAAAGAAUGAAACAAUAUUAGAAAUCUUCGACCAUUCGGAAACUACUUUGCUUGAAAAUUAAUGCGCCUAUCAUUUGACAAUCUUUUACGCAUUGAUCUCACCUGAAUUUUUCGUCGUUAGUGUACAUAUAAAGGGAAGUAACCGCUUCAAAAAAGUGGACUACUUUAGGCAUUUGCAAUUAACAGCAUUAGGCUCUGAAAUUUCGCUACCAUUAUUUGUUUGGUCUGACGAGUCUUUGAGAUGUCAACAUGAAACUUCAUAGGGGGAAAGAUCUCAUUGAGGAGGAGUGCAGCACACAAGAAUGAUAUAGUUUUGAGUUAUUGCCCUUUGUUAUUUUUAUUGCUUAAUUUUUGUCCAGAGCGUAACUAAAAAACCUUUGAGAUAUCAACAUGAAACUUCAUAGGUGGAUAGGUCUCAUUGAGGAGGAGUGCAGCAAACAAGAAUUAUAACCUACCCUGCAAUACUUUUGAGUUAUUGCCCUUUGUCAUUUUCAGCCAUCAGUAUUCACAUAGGUUUCAAAUCUGUAAUCACUUCAGCCAUCAGUUUUCAUUACCAAAAGACCUCUUAAAAUUGAAUUAUUCUGCUCUAUUACAUAUACAUUCUUCCAAUGAGCAAACACAUUCGGUGAGGGAUGGCCAUGUUGACAUGGCUCUUGUUUUAAUUCUUUUAUUAUCUGUAACGUCUUGUAAAUACAGGUGAAAGAUUUCCUGUUCUAAAGAUUUUCAUACAUACAUGAACUACUUUUUUCCUGUUGAAAACAAUAAACAAAUAGCAGAAUACAGAACAUUUAGAACCUUUUUUACAUCUUACACAAAUUAUCCUGUAUGUUUUUAUUAAAAGAAAAUUAACACUGUCCUCUAGAUCUACUUUAGGUGGGUUAUUAUACUGGGGUGCCAUUCAUUUCAUGCUUUCAAUAAUGCAAGGAAGGGACACUUGAGGUGAGACUCUCCACCAGUAAAGCUGGAUGGUUGUUGUAUGACCUUUGUAGUGUCUGUCUGACUUGAAACCCAACAGACAAAGAUCUGCUAUAGGCAGAAGUUUGGUUAUUUUGUAAAAUAGUCAAUUUUAAAACAAGCUAGUUAGGCACAGAUUCAAUGUUAAAUAUAGGGGCGUCCGUGGCCCAGUGGUUAAGGUCGUUGACUUCAAAUCACUUUCCCCUCACCGCUGUGGGUUCGAAUCCCGACAGGGACUUUGGAUUCUUUCACGUGAGGAAGCUAUCCAGCUAGCUUACGAAACGUCGAUGGUCGAAAUAAUGCACGGAAGGGCACCUGAGGUCUUCCUCCACCAGUAAAGCUGGAACGUCGCGAUAUGACCUAUACUGUGUCGAUGUGAGGUAAAACCCAAAAACAAACAAUGUUUAAUAUAAUGUUUUCAAUCUUACAAAAAGGAUAUAUAUUAUCAUUGUUAUCAAAUGCACUGGUGCAUAUUGUUGUGAUUGUUUUGUUUUUGAUAGUAUUUCUGACAAAAUCCUGUCACUAGUUUCAGCUGGUCUUUUAAAUGGACAUUGAGUCUUACUGUCGUUAUUUGUCUCUCACUGCUGGUUCAGAAAUCAUGUUACAUAAGUAGUUGGUCAAUUGCAAAAAAUAUAUGAUAUAUAUUGUUCAGUUAUCCAGGAACACUAAUCAGAUUUUCAAUGUUAUGAAAUUUUACCAUACAGCAUUUCGUUUUGCGAUCUUAAUUAUAUCUUCUUGUACUAUGUUGUGUAUAUAUGGAGGAGAAAACUGUUUUAUGUGUUUAUCACCAUAAGUGAUUGUGAUGAACAUUUCAACUUUAAAAAUAUGUCAAAUUAUUUUACGAUGGUGCUAAAUAUUUGUGGAGUUUCAAUAUGAAAAACAGUAACUCAGAAGCGUGUUAUUUUCAUUAUAUGUUAAUGCAUAGAGCCAGUCAUUAUAUGUCAUUAUGUGCUUAAGUGCUUACAUUCUAUAUGUGUUCAUGCAAAUUUUUACUUUACUUAUUAUGUGUUCUUUUUAUUACAUAACAUUAUUCCUAUUUUAUGUGUUCAUGCAAUUAUGUUAUUAUGAGUUUAUGCAUUCAUACUCUGUGUCAUACUCAUGCUUUUGUACCAUGUUUAUGGAUGUAUAUGUGUAUAAUGUUCAUGCAUUUAUAUUCAUUACACACUCUGUGUGCUUACUUUAUCAGGGAACUUUGUAACUAUUUUAAUAAAACAGAUGAGAAAA